AUGAGGAAAUUCAGUAUAGAAAAUAACGUUCGAGUGAAGGAGCUGCCUGAAGGCUCCCUUGGGAACCUCUCUUUCCAGGAAAUAUCCCUGAGUAACACCUUCGUGAAAGAGAUCCAUCCUUCGGUCAUCCUCUUUUCUAAAGACUGUCUUGUGAAUCUGAUCAUUCAGAAGGGUCUCCUGGAAAAGUUUCCUUUCGAUGUGGAAGUAAUCCCAUCAGCUAAGAGGACAGAACUACGACGACUCCGAAAAAUGCCCAUUCCUUGCUAUAUUCCUCCCUCGAAUCUCAUGUCGAUUCCAUUAUUCACCUCUCUCCUCUAUUCACUCUUCUUGGUGUUUGGGAAAGCUGAAGUCCCGGCCCUCAAGAGCAAUAGCCUGGAGAUGGUCAGCCUCUCGGGCAAUAAAAUAGAGACACUGGAAGAAGAUGGAUGGUCGACACCCAACUUGAAGUACCUAAACAUCGGGUGUUCCCUGGGCCCUACCCUUUCUAGCGGCCUGUUGGAAUUUCGCAGUGAUGCCCUGAAAUUAGUGGCUCUCAAUCACAACAUCUCUCGAAUGGAGCUGGGAGCGAUCAAAGGUCUCAUGCCAAAUACUAAGGUGAAACUCUUUGGAAACAAGAUCGCUGCAUUGGAAGAGGGUAUUUUCCGUCCCAUACUUGAGGAAAUGUCCUUUGGAACCGGAAAAUUGGAGAUUUGGAGCUCCGUCAUCUGCUAUCGCUGCAAGAUGAAACAGGGGCGGACCCUCGCGUUGAUGAAUGAAGAUUUGAAGCGGUUUCGAAGAGGACAACCAGAUAAAAUUAUUUCCUCAUCGGACCUGAGCGAACAAGCACCUUCUCUGCCAUACAGGAAAAAUUGGGAAUUCCCAAGAGAGAAGCUAAAGCUAGUAAGCGGGAAGGAGCUUGGUCGGGGUAUGUUCGGGGUCGUGAUCAAGGCCGUAGCCGUUGGGAUAUGUCCUCCGGAACCGGAAACG